AGGAGUCCAAAUCGUUCUUCCACUUUGCUUCCUCCACGCAUUCAACGUUCCUCCCUUUCAGCGUCGACCGCCUCUGUUUUCACACCUCUCGCUUUCCGUUGCCUUCGGCGCCGGCUACAAAGGCGGGCCUUUGGGCGGGUUCCUUUUCGAGUAAAGCUCUCUGCGUUGGAGGUGACGGCGGCGGCGGAGAAAGGUCCUGGCUUUUUGGUUCUUGAAACUGGGCGGCGAUGCUGGAUUCGUGCUUUGGGCGGCGCGGCGGCGGGGAUGGUUUGAUGUGGGAUGUGGGCCUCGAGCCCCAUGGCGCCGGUGAGUUCUCCGUGGCCGUCGUUCAGGCCAACAAAUCCCUCGAGGACCAGGGCCAGGUGCUCGCCUCCCCCUCCGCCACCUUCGUCGGCGUCUUCGACGGCCACGGUGGCCCCGAGGCGGCUCGCUUCGUCAGCGAUCGCCUUCUCCCCUACCUCGACCGGUUCGCUUCGGAGCACGGCGGCGUAUCGGCGGAGGUGAUCAAGAAGGCCUUCCGCGCGACGGAGGAGGACUUCGUGCAACUGGUGAGGAGGUCCCUACCGACCCUGCCGCAGAUGGCUGCGGUGGGCUCCUGCUGCCUCGUCGGCGCCAUCGCCGGCGACGUCGUCUACGUGGCCAACCUAGGGGACUCCAGGGCCGUCCUCGGCCGCCGAAGCUUGGGCAACAACAAGUCCGUGGUCGCCGAGCGGCUGUCGACAGACCACAACGUGGCGGUGGAGGAAGUGAGGAGGGAGGUGCUGGAGCUGCAUCCCGACGAUGACCAGAUCAUCGUCCACACUCGCGGUGCCUGGCGAAUAAAAGGGAUAAUUCAGGUGUCCAGGUCUAUCGGAGAUAUCUACCUAAAGAAACCUGAUUUCGGUGAAGAUCCAAUGUUCCAGCAAAUCGUGUCUCCUCUUCGAUUGAAAAGGCCUGUCAUCACCGCAGAGCCAUCGAUAAAGGUUCAUAAGCUCAAGCCGCACGACAAAUUUUUGAUAUUUGCAUCGGACGGACUCUGGGAGCAGUUAAGUGAUGAAGCCGCAGCCGAAAUAGUUUUCAAGAACCCAAGAACGGGAAUAGCAAAGAGGUUGGUGAAAGCUGCUCUUUGUGAGGCCGCAAGAAAACGAGAGAUGAGAUACGACGAUAUCAGACAGAUCGAGAAGGGAAUACGGCGCCAUUUCCACGAUGACAUAACUGUCAUAGUGAUCUAUCUCGACCAGCUCCAUCAAGCAGGCCGUUCCAAGUUCAGUGGCACAAGCGUGCACAACUGCACGAAAGUGCCAGUCGACAUCUACUCUCUGCAUUCAGGUGAAUCGAAAAAGCCCCUUUGGUGAGACGAGUGCAGGAUCGAUCGAAACUUCGCGGCACAACUGCAGUAUUGACUGACCACAUGUGAAUAGCAUCUUGUUCCUGAAUAAGCACUGCACAUAUCGAAAACUGAGAUGAAGAUGUCAAUAAUCUUUGGUUUAGGGUUGGAGGAGGUGUUUGAGCACUUGAUAUACUUUUCUUUUUUUUGUUCUUUUGUUCCUUGUCGAAAUCAAUUUAUUCUGACUAUGCGUGUUUUUUUCA